UCAGUGAGGUCUCGGUGUUCUCCGGAGUGAUACGCGCAGAAAGUAGCCGAGAACCAGGACUCGUUCCGCCCCUCAUGCCCGCUCUCUGACUCUCUCCGGUGGGCACCGUAGUUUUCCCCCCUUUCACUCGCUGGUGGGCACGGAAAGACUGACCGCAGGUGACGAUGGCGAGAGCGGCGACCGGGGCAAGGUCUCUCCCGCCCGGCGGCGGACUCACUCGGCUGCUUCUGCUGUUGGUGCUCCACGUUUGCGGCUCACAGGCGCAGGAGCUGCCGACCAACGGCGUGAACGGGUUUAGCCUGCACCCCCCUUACUUCAACCUGGCCGAGGGCACGAAAAUCACAGCCACAGCCACCUGCGGGGAGGACGAGGACGGACGAGCCGUCCAGGACCUGUACUGCAAACUGGUCGGGGGGCCUGUAUCGGGGGAUCCGAGCCAGACCAUUCAGGGUCAGUACUGUGACACGUGUAGCUCAGCGGACACUAACAGAGCUCAUCCCAUCACAAACGCCAUCGACGGCACCGAGCGCUGGUGGCAGAGUCCUCCACUGUCACGCAGCGCCGAGUACAACCAGGUCAACGUCACCCUCGACCUGGGACAGCUCUUCCACGUGGCCUACGUGCUCAUCAAGUUCGCCAACUCUCCGAGGCCUGACCUGUGGGUUCUGGAACGCUCUGUUGACUUUGGGAAGACCUACCAACCAUGGCAGUUCUUCGCUUCGUCCAAAAGGGACUGCAUUGAACAGUUUGGCCAGAGGACCAUCGAGCGUAUCUACCAUGACAACGACGUCAUCUGCACCACCGAGUACUCGCGCAUAGUGCCUUUGGAGAAUGGAGAGAUUGUGGUGUCUCUGGUUAACGGGCGGCCUGGAGCCAUGAACUUCUCCUACUCCCCUGUGCUGAGGGAGUUCACCAAAGCCACCAACAUCCGCCUGCGCUUCCUCCGGACCAACACACUGCUGGGCCACCUGAUGGGCAAAGCCCUGAGAGACCCCACAGUCACCCGCCGGUAUUACUACAGCAUCAAAGACAUCAGCAUUGGAGGGAGGUGUGUGUGCAACGGUCAUGCUGAAGCCUGCAACGCAAAAGACCCCAAUGACCCCUACAAGCUUCAGUGCGACUGCCAGCACAACACUUGCGGCCCGUCAUGUGACCGCUGUUGCCCCGGAUUCAACCAGUUACCAUGGAAACCUGCAACCACGUACAGCGCCAAUGAGUGCGAACCGUGUAACUGCCAUGGACAUGCUUUCGACUGCUACUAUGACCCCGCGGUGGACAAGCAGAGAGCCAGUGUGAACAUGCAGGGGGAGUACGUAGGAGGAGGAGUGUGUAUGGAGUGUCAGCACCACACCACAGGCAUCAACUGUGAGCGCUGUGUCCCAGGAUACUACAGGUCACCUGACCACCCUCUGGAGUCACCACUGGCCUGCUCAAGGUGUCAGUGUGAAUCGGAGUUCACUGACGGGACGUGUGAGGAUCACACAGGUCGUUGUUACUGUAAACCCAACUACACAGGCGAACGCUGUGACUCCUGCGCAGAGGGCUAUGAGAAUUUCCCCACCUGCUACCCAGCCGUUCCCACCUUUCCUACAGACUACAAUGGAGAGGUCAGACCCGCAGGAGAGAUCAUCAACUGUGAGUGUAAUGCCGCAGGCACAGAGGGGAACUCCUGCAGGCCGGACCCCCACACUCGGACUUGCGUGUGCAAGCCUGGAUUCAUGGGAGAGCACUGUGACAUCUGUGCUCCAGGACACCACGGCCUCAACUGCAAUCGUUGUGAGUGUUCUGCUGCAGGUUCUCUGGACGGGUCAUGUGAUGUAGUAACGGGUCAGUGUGUGUGUAGAAGCGGGUUUCAGGGCUACUUGUGUGAUCAGUGCGCGCCCGGAUACUUCAACUACCCACUGUGCCAGCUAUGUGGAUGUAGUACUGUAGGCACUGUGCCUGGUGGUUGUGACUCGUCUGGCCGGUGUGUGUGUCGUCCAGAGUUUACAGGUCCUCGCUGUGAACAGUGUCGCUCCGGCUUCCACUCUUACCCCAACUGCGAGGUGUGCACCUGUGACCCGCGGACGUCGCUUGACUCCAGCUGCAGUGCGGCGGGACACUGCCACUGCCGAGACAACUACAGCGGCGUUAAGUGUGAUGGGUGUGCUCCGGGCUACUACGCCUUCCCCAGCUGCUCACCUUGCCAGUGCUCAUUGGAGGGCUCUCGGUUCAUUGAGUGUAAUCAGGUCUCUGGACAAUGUGUUUGCCUGCCUAACGUUGUCGGUCAGCGGUGUGACAGAUGCAGUACUGGAUCAUACGGGUUCCCACUCUGCCAAGCUGACACGUGUAACCCUGCUGGCUCUGUGGAGAAUGAGAUCUUACCCACAGUGGGCUCCUGUGAGUGCAAGCCUUAUGUGGAGGGCAUGGCCUGUGACAAAUGCAAGCCCCUCUACUGGGACCUGUCUCCUGAUAAUGUGUACGGAUGUUCAAGCUGUGAGUGUAACACUGCAGGCACAAUAAGUGGAGUGGCGGAGUGUGCUCAGGGCAACGGCCAGUGCUACUGCAAACCCAACGUGUGCAGUGGAACAUGUGCCAUGUGUAAAGACGGUUACUUCAACCUUCAAAACAGCAACUACUUUGGGUGCCAGGGUUGUCAGUGUGAUAUUGGAGGUUCUGCUCAUCUGUCAUGUGGUGAAAGGAACGGCAGGUGUAGGUGCAGACCCAACGUAGAGGGACCUAAAUGCAGCCAGCCUCGUGUGGAUCACUAUUUCCCAGAUUUGCACCAUAUGAAGUUCGAAGUAGAGGAAGGCACGAUGUUGGACGGACGACCUGUGCGUUUUGGCUACAACCCCUUGGAGUUUGAGGGCUUCAGCUGGAGGGGCUAUGCUCAAAUGUCCCCCAUUCAGCCGCGGGUGCUCGUUGAGGUGGUGGUCGGCUCUCCAGAUCUGUUCCACGUGGUGUUGAGCUACGUUAACCGCGGGGGCGUGGAUGUCCGGGGAAGGGUCUCCGUGGUGGAGGACGCCAGGAAAUUCCAGUGCGGGAACUGCUCUGAGCAGUCCAAGCAGAUCAUCUUUGCCCCCAGUUCGGAGCCCACGUUUGUGAACGUGCCUCAGAACAGUUUCGUGGAACCGUUUGUGCUGAACCCUGGCACCUGGACAGUGGUCAUUGAGGCUGAGGGCAUCCUGCUGGACUAUCUGGUGCUGUUGCCCAGUGCGUACUAUGAAGCGCCUAUUCUGCAGCUGGCUGUGACUGAGCCCUGCACUUACAGCCAUGCACAAGACCCCAGACAGAACUGUCUGAUGUAUAAGUACCUGUCUCUGGAAGAGUUCCCGUCUAUGUCCGGUAAUGAAGCCAGCUGCAGGGCGGAUAACCACCUGCCCAGACCCUGCCAUGUUGAGAAGAUUACCCCCCACCACCCCAGCAUGGCCAUCUGCAGCGGGAAUGACAUGAACGUGCAGCUGCGUGGUCGUGUUCCUGUGCCGGGUGAGUAUGUCGUGGUGGUGGAAUACGCCAGUGAAGAUGAAGCUCCACAGACUCUCACUGUUUCCAUCAACACGCCCAGAGGACGCAGCCACCAGGAGCACAUCACACUGCUGCGCUGCAAAUACAGUUUCUUGUGUCGAGCAGUGUCUGUAGACGAUAUGAACCGCGUGGCGGUUUUCACUCUUUCCACGGAGGCUGACGUGCAGUUCAUUGCAGACAGGAGCAGCUUUUUCCUGCACAAAGUGUUCCUGAUCCCUCAUGCUCAGUUCACCAUGGAGUACCUGAGUCCCAGAGUGCACUGCAUUAGCACCCACGGCCACUUCGAUCCGGACAGUGGUUCCUGUGUGCCCUCUCGGUUCCAGACUCCGUCUCAGUCUUUGGUUCUGAAGGAGGGUCAGGCUUCCUCAGUGCCAGAGCAAAUUCUGGCCUCAGCUUCUGACCAUCCGCCUGCUGAUACCACUCGCUGGCUCAUCAGAGACACGCCCCCAACCGCCGUGGACAGCGGCGACCAUAUCCGCCUGGACUCCGCUCAGAAUGCAGUAAUGUACUCAUCACGUGUUCAUGCCUUGGGCCGUUACGUGUUCAUCCUGCAUUACCACCAACCGCUGCACCCGACUUUCACCAUACAAGUCUACGUCAACGGAGGACGCAUCUGGCAGGGCCAUGCCAACGCCACCUUCUGUCCCCAUGGCUACGGUUGUCGUAGUGUUCUGAUCUCGGAAAACCAAAUUAUUCUGGACGUGACGGACCAUGAAGUCGUCGUGACCGUGCGUGUUCCGGACGACAGAACGCUGUGGCUGGACUAUGUCCUCGUGGUGCCUGAAGACAUCUACAGCUCUGCCUACCUGUCAGAGGAGCCCCUGGACAAAUCCUACGACUUCAUCAGCCACUGUGGACAAAACAGCUUCUACAUCAACCCGCUGACAGCAUCUCCGUUCUGCCGGCACUCGGCCGCAUCCCUGUCUGCGUUCUUCAACAAUGGUGCUCUGCCUUGCGGCUGUCAUGAGGCCGGGUCUGAGAGUGAUACGUGUCAGCCCUUUGGAGGCCAGUGCCCCUGCAAACCCAACGUGAUUGGCCGAGACUGCUCACAGUGCGCUACCGGCUACUAUGGCUUCCCCAAUUGCCGGCCGUGUAACUGCGGCACGCGCCUGUGUGAGCCGGUAACGGGCGAGUGUAUCUGUCCUCCACGUACGGUGCUGCCGGAGUGUGUGCAGUGUGAACCGCAGACGUUUGGCUGCCAUCCUCUGGUGGGCUGCGAGGUGUGUAACUGCUCCCGGCCCGGAGUCACCGCUCAGGACAUCAACUGCGACACGAAUAGUGGCCAGUGCAGGUGCAAGACGAACAUCAUUGGCCGGCAGUGUGACCGGUGUGCUCUAGGUUUCUAUGGAUAUCCCAACUGCAGGCCGUGUGACUGCAACGAGGCGGGAACUGAGCUAAACGUGUGUGAUUCCAUCACGGGACAGUGCCUCUGCAAGGAAAACGUGGAGGGCUCUCGCUGUGACCAGUGUAAGCUGGGUACGUUCCAUCUGGACCCCACUAACCCUAAAGGCUGCACAAAGUGCUUCUGUUUUGGUGCUACUGACCGCUGCCGCAGCUCGGAGAAGAGAAGGAAAGAGAUUAUGGACAUGGAGGGCUGGGUGCUUUUGAGAGGGGACAGGCAGGAGGUGCCCGUGUCUGUGUAUCCAGAUCAGGACCUGGUGGAGGCAGAUCUGAGUGAUGUUCCUGACGUUUACCAGGAUUUACACUGGCACGCUCCCCCUGCAUACCUGGGUGACAAGGUGUCUUCAUAUGGUGGCUAUUUACGCUAUCAGUUACACACACAGAUGAUGCGCGGCGACUCUCUCUACCUGCCUUCUGAAGCCUCUCGACCUGACGUCAUUCUCAAGGGAAACCAGAUGACGCUGGUCUACAUGGAAAGAGAGUACUCCUCUCCUGAGCAGCCGCAUGAAGGAGUGCUCCACCUAGUGGAGGGUAGUUUCCGUCAUGCUCAGACUGGUAAUGCAGUGUCUCGGGAGGAGUUGAUGAUGGUGCUAGUAGCUCUGGAGUCUCUGCAGAUCCGUGCCCUGCACGCUCAGUCUGCCCAGGCCAUCUCACUUCGGGCAGCCGUGCUGGAAGGAGCUGAACGUCUGUCUGCCGGUCACCACGCCAACAAUGUGGAGAUUUGCCUCUGCCCAGCCAGCUAUCAGGGAGACUCCUGUCAGCAAUGCACUCCAGGCUUCUACCGAGACACUAAGGGACUAUUCCUGGGCAAGUGUGUCCCCUGUAACUGCAACGGCCAUUCCGAUCAGUGCCUGGACGGGUCCGGAAUAUGUGUGAACUGUCAGCACAACACAGCUGGAGACCACUGUGAGAAGUGUCGAGGGGGUUUCCGCGGUAACAACACUGUGGAUGGCCACGCUGUGUCCUGCACCAGCUGUCCUUGCCCUCUGCAGGUGGCAUCUAACAAUUUUGCCAUCGGCUGUGUAGAGAAACCCAACCACAUGCAGUGUCUCUGCAUGCCUGGCUACGCUGGACCCAAGUGUGAGAGGUGUGCCCCAGGUCACUACGGCAACCCCAUGGUGAUUGGUAGCACGUGCCAGCCGUGCAACUGCAAUGGCAAUUCGGACCCCAAUAUGCUGUUCAGUGACUGCCACCCGAUCACGGGCGAGUGCCAGGGCUGCAUGCAUAACUCUGCUGGACCCCACUGUGAGAUCUGCGCCCCGGGCUACUACGGAGACGCCGUCACUGCCAAGAACUGCACCAGAUGCAGCUGUUCUCCAUGUGGCACCGCCUCAUGUGACCCUCACACCGGUCAGUGUCAUUGUAAACCUGGUGUUACUGGUGUCCACUGUGACCGCUGUGAGCACGGUGCGUUUGGGUUUGAGACCUGCGCCGGCUGUCGUCAGUGCGACUGUAACGCAGCAGCGGCGCUGAUUCAGUCGUGUGACCCCGUUAGUGGUUCGUGCGCAUGCCAGCCAGGAGUGAAUGGGCCAAACUGCCACCAGUGUGCUCCUGGACACUGGAACUACACGUCUACCGGCUGCAGGAGAUGUGAUUGUAAAGGUGGUCGCUGUGACCCUCGUUCUGGAGAGUGUCACUGUCCGCCUGGUCUGACUGGGAAACAGUGUGAUCGCUGUGCUGGUGAAUACAGUGUACCGGUCACUAGAGGAGGAAACUUGCACUGUGAACGUUGCGACAGCUGUGUAAUGGUGCUGCUACAUGAUUUGGACAAGGUGAACAAGACGAUUCGCUCUGUGCAUCAUCAGCUGAAGAACGUCAGUGCCAGCGCCCUCGCCUGGGCUCAACUCCACAACCUUAACAAAUCCAUGGAGAACGUGUCUAAUUCCAUAAACAACUACAAUAGCACCCUGGAUGAGAGCAGGGACAGGGCAGACACGCUGGAGAAGGAGCUGCAAACCAUCGACUCUGACAUCUCUGAGCUAGAGGACAAGGCUUCGGUGUCAACGAGAAAGGGAGAGGAGGUUGAGAACAGCACCAGAGCUACCCAGGAGAGAGCGCAGGAUCUGCUGGACUUUGUUAAACGCGCCAUGAAAGACUUAGAAGCCAUUCUAGAGCAGGUGAAGAAGGCAGCGCAGAAUGGCUCUCAGGAGAUGGACAGGAAGGAGCUGUUGCGGAAGCUGGCGGAGGUGGCAGACAUGCUGAGAGACAUGCGUUUCAGAAGCACUCAGUACCAGAGGAAGCUGGCAGAGAAUGAACUCACUGAAGCUAACAAAUUGGUGGAGCGUGUGAAGGAGGAGAUAGCCGACCGUGUUGCUGCUAACGAAGCCACAGUAGAGGCUGUCAGAGACAAACUAAACAAGUUUCACCAGGAUCUCAUGGAUCUGAGAGACGCCCUGAACGAGGCUGUCAGAAACACCGCCCUCGCUGCAGAAAACAACAACGUCAACCAGAAACGGCUGGAGGAGAAUCAGCAAAAGGUGAAUGAUCUGAGGAAAAAACAAAAAGAGGUGGAGGACACGGUGCAGAUGGCUGAAGAUGCUGUAGCUCAGGUCAACGACAUGCUGUCCAUGCUACAGGAUGCCAAAGAGGAGUACGAGCGUCUGACUGCUCAGCUGGAUGGAGCGAGGCAGCCUCUGGCUGACAAGGUCCAGACGUUUGCUUCCUCUGGCGAGAAAAGCCCUCUGGUGGAGGCAGCUGAGAAACAUGCUGAGCUUCUUGACCAGCUCGCCAAGAACCUCUCCAGCGUAAUUACCGACACUAACCAGGAUGGGUUCAUCCAGAGAGCGCUGAAUGCGUCCCGGGCAUACACAGACAUCAUCAACAGUGUGAAGGAUGCUGACACCGCAGCCAAGGAAGCCAACAAAUCAGCUACAGAGGCCUUGGAGAGCAUCAAGAACCAGAACCUUCCCCAGCAGGUCCCUGUUCUCAAGAACAAGAGUGCUGAGCUUCUGAAUAAGGCAGCAGCUCUGCAAGAGGAGGUGGAUAAAGAGUUGAAGCCUCAGCUGGAGGACAUCAAGAAGCGUCUGAAGGAUGCUGCGACCAAAAAGGAUGACCUGUUGAAGGACCUGCUGAAGGUGCAGAAUUACCUCAACUCAACUCAAGGGAACACUUCGAAGGAGAUCCUGGCAGCCAAGAGCGCAGUGGAGAAGGCUAACAGCACUGCAGCUGAAGUGCUGGAGACGCUGGCUCCUAUGAAGGAGAAGCUGGAUGAGUGGCAGAAACAGUACGGAUCCUCCAACACAACUAACGAGGAGAUCAAUGAUGCCAUCAGCCAGGCCAACAAGUCAGUGGGGGCGCUCACUGAAACCAUCCCCAUGUUGAUAAAGAAGCUGGACAGCCUGCAAAAUAAUUCAAUCCAGAUGCCGAACAUCUCUGAGAACAUCCUGAGAAUCCGUGAGCUCAUUGCUGAGGCCCGUAAGGCGGCCAACAAGGUGAGUGUGUCGAUGAAGUUUAACGGUAAGUCCGGAGUGCAGGUGAGGACUCCCAGUAAACUCGAUGACCUGGCUGCGUACACCACCCUCAAGUUCCACAUCACGCUCCCCGAAACCGCACGCAAACGCCGGCAAGCCGACAACCGACAGUUCGUCUUCUACCUGGGCAACAGGGAUUCUAGUAAGGAGUUCAUGGGGAUGGUUCUGGAGGGUAAAAAACUCCGCUGGCUCUUUAAAGUUGGAAGCAAGACCGCCCAGGGGGUCACGAAAGAGGACCUCAGCGCUGAUGGUUUCUACAGCAUCUCCCUGGACAGGAUACUGCAGUAUGGACUGAUGACGACAACCUCGGUUGAAAAGACGUAUUUAUAUAAGGAAGACGUGACCUCAGACGGUGACAAUGGCCUCCUGAGCCUCCCUGCUGGGGACACAGUCUUCUAUGUUGGGGGCUACCCCAGCAACUUCACGCUUCCUCCUGAGAUGCUGCAGUCCAACAACUUCCAGGGCUGCAUUGAGCUGGAGAGUCUGAAUGAGGAAGUGAUCAGCCUUUAUAACUUCGAACAAACCUUCGAGCUCAACACCACCGAAGCUGUUCCCUGUCCGCGGUCUAAGCAGUCGGUGGAUGCUGCAUACUUUGACGGCACAGGCUAUGCUGAAAUAAACUCCAGGUGGUCAUGCGGGAGCUCGAACGUGCGCUUAGACCAGGAAAUCAAACUCGUCUCUCAGGAUGGAAUUCUGCUCCUGCUCCGAAACGAGACGACGUUCAUUUGUGUUGCCGUGCGCGGAGGGAAACUUAAGCUUUUACACAACUUCAACGGGACGUUGGUGGAGGAGCAGUACACAGGCUCGGAACCCGACAAGCUGCACGUCAGCGAUACCAAACCCAAAUCAGUGGAUGUGAUUAUUGUCAAUCGUCCUACACAAAGGGUGCUCUAUGUGAGAAUAGAACGUAAAGUCCAGUACCAGAUUUCUUUGCCUGAUAUCACCUGUUUCCAAGGGCCCUACUUCAUGGGUGGUGUUCGUAAGGACCAGAUGCCUGAGAGUCUCAAGCCUUUGUUCCUCAAGCAGGGCUCUAUAAGGGGCUGCUUUAGGAGGGUUUCAGCCUUGGGCAGCUACAUUGACUUGAAGAGCAUGAACACCUCAGGGGUCAGCUUCGGCUGCCCUGACAACCUGCUGGUGGCUCGUGAGGCCCAUUUCAAAGGGCAGAAUUAUCUGGACUUCACAGACCUCAAAUCUCCAAAACUCACAGACAACUUCUAUGCUGGCCUUGGGUUCAGAACCGAGCAGAAGAAUGGACUUUUGCUCCAACACCAAGCCCAGGAUGGUAUGUGUCAGGUGUUCUUAGAGAAGGGAAAUCUGGUCGUGAUUGCUGGCGAGAAGGAGGUCCGAACUCAGAAGACCUACAAUGAUGACAACAGCCACUAUGUGGCGUUCUACAGCAAUGAAAAUGGACUCCGUGUGUAUGUGGAUGAUGUGCUGGAGCCCAGUGCUAACAGGGAUGUGAGGAGCAGCAGUGGAACUCCAGGGAAUGUUUACAUUGGUGGCACACCUGAAUCCAGUGGCAUCUCCAACCUCACCGGCUGCCUCAGCAACCUUUUCAUCAACAGGACUGCGAUUUCUAAGACGGUGGUGGAUCUGCUGCAAGCCAGCGAUAAUGUCAAUGUUCCUCUGGAGUGUCCGGAUGCUGAGAAACCCCAGCAGAUCCUGGCCUCGCCUCCACGCCACAAAGAGCCCAAGGGGAAGCAAAGGAGGCCUGCUGGCAAUUCCAGGAGUCGCUCUGCUCGUGAAUCCUGCUCUGCGGAGAAGUCCGUCCAGGAACCCGGUGCCUACCACUUCAGUGGCUCCUCGCUCAGCCACAUGCGUUAUGAUUCAGUGCCACCAGCCUUUAGCAAAACGCCUCACGUUGCGAUGGGAGUGCAGGUGAGCUCAUCCAGUGGACUCAUCUUCCACGCAGCAGCAGCGAGGAGCAGGGCAGCCGUGACGCUCUCAGUGUCUGAGGGACACCUGAUGCUGCUGGUAAAUGGAGGAAAGAGAAAGACGAGCAUCGUGACCAACGCCAAGUACGACGACGGCAUUUGGCACACGGUGUUUGUGAAGAUAGAGAGGGACAAAGCCAGCCUCAUAGUGGACGGCAUCAAUGCCCAGAGCAAGAAGGUGUCUUUCUCUGGAGAGAAAAGUGCACUGAGUGGCCCUGUCUACAUUGGUGGCCUUCCCUCUGACCACCGGGCAGCAGCGCCGGGUUUCGUGGGCUGCAUCAGGGAUGUGAAGCUGAAUGAGGUGUUUCUGAGUCCUUCUCACAGUGUGGGGGUGGUGCCAUGUUACCAGGAGCCUCUCCAGCCGGGUGUUUACUUCUCUGCUCAGGGAGGACGUCUUGCUAUCGAUGAGUCGCUGGUGCUGGGUCAGGAGCUGGAGCUGGAGCUGGAGGUUCGGCCCGUGUCGGAUUCUGGCCUAUUGCUCCACGCAGGAGGCAGAGCGAGCCAGCAGCUGAGCGUCUACCUCAACCAGGGAACGGUCACUGUGUUGGUGAACGGCGGAGAUGGAGAGGUCUCCGUCUCGCUCACACCAGAGGACUCGCUGUGUGACGGGAACUGGCACACUGUCUUCGUUGUGAAGAAGAGCAAUGUGAUCCAGUUGCGCGUGGAUGCAGUGAGCAAAUACGGCGUGAGCCCCAAACGGAGCAGAUUUAAUGGGGCAAACGAGGCCCUCUAUCUAGGCAACGUGCCAGACGCGAUGGAGGUUCCUGGUCUCCCAGCCUCUCUCCCUCCCUACCACGGCUGUGUGCGGAAAGCAGUGCUGAACGGCAGGCCGGCCACGUUGACCAAACCAUCCUCCGUCUCUGGAGCCGUGGGUACUCAGGGAUGCCCCGCCAUGUAGUUCAGACUACAUUAUCCACAAUCCCCGCCCGAUACGUCCGGCACACCAGUAUGAUCAAAUCAGCAGGUGGUGGGUUUAUCAAUACCAUAGCUAAAUUAAACAGAUAUUUAUGUUUUGUUAAUGUAUAUUUUUAAGAUCAGUUCUAUUUUCUGUAAAGGCACUGAGUGUAAAGCCACUGUUAAAUGAGUCUAUUGGGUGUGUACCAGUACUGUAAGCUCUAUCUAGUCCAGGGUCUUGUCUGCUGAGUUAAUGUAAUAGCGUAGUCAGUGUGCAGUCAGUAAUGUGUUACUGGUCUUACUAUGAGUGCUAUUCCUCUAACUCCAUAACCUCAGUUGUAAAAAUUGGACAAUUAUGGGACCAGUGAUGACUAAAACUACUACUGGGUUUGCUUUUAUGCUUAAAAGUUGGAAUGGAAAGUAGCAAAGCCCAGGUUUAGCUCAUCAGCACCAUCUCACGUUGCAGAAACGGGACUCGUGUUUUAGUAGAACGAAUGAUCACUGGACUUUAAAACUCAAAUAUAAAAUCUAUCGUCACAUUUUUAAUCAAAUUCCCUAAUAAAAUUCUUUGAUACAACCUG